AUGGCAUUAAAACAACAACUCGACGAAAUUGAUGGCAAGUUACGUUUACUCAAUUUUACGACCAAGAAAACCGAUGAUAUACUUAAAACAAACGAUGAAGAAGUCGCUAUUCGACAAAAGGGUCAAAUAACAAAGAUUAUUUUGGCUAUAAGUGACCUGAAACAACUAAUCGAAGAAAAGAAAUUUAUCGAAGGCGACUCCGAAGAGAAUGUCGCAGCAUGGGGGGAAUCAAUCGAGGAAAAUAUAGCUUUGGCCGACGAGAAAGUGAAGCAGUUAAACGAGUAUAUUCAGCGCCUUAAAGCAGACGAACGCCAGAAAGAAAGCGCCCUGGAAAACGAAAAUAAACGACUAUUAGACGAAGAAAAUUAUACGAGACAACAAGCCUUCGAGAAACACGAAAGAGAUAAACAACUUGCCUUCGAACAGGAACUUUUCAAUCAAAAAUUACAGUAUCAAAAGGAAAUUAAAGAAGUUCAAGCAGGGAAAAACUCAUCUACAAAGCUACCAAAGCUUGUAAUUACACCUUUUAAUGGCUCAUAUCACGACUGGUUGCGAUUCUGGGGCCAAUUUUCUGCGGGUAUUGAGUUGGCCGAUAUUCCUGAUGUGAUGAAAUUCUCUUACCUGAAAGAGUUAGUAGAACCCAAGAUACGGACAUGUAUAGAUGGACUGCCCUUCACGACCGAAGGAUACAAAAGUGCGAAGAAAAUCCUUGAAGAAAAAUAUGGAAACACCAGUGAAAUUGUGAAUUCCUAUGUGGAAGAAAUCGUGAAUUUGCCAACGAUAACAAGUACCCGACCGGAGAAAAUACACCCCUUCUACGAGAAAUUGGUUUAUUGUGUUCAGUCACUAGAAACUUUGGGAAAACUUCAAGAAGUAAAUGGAUAUGUACGACUUACCUUGAACAAAGUACCUGGAAUACGUGGGGACUUAGUCAGAACUGAGCCCAAAUGGAAAGACUGGACAUUCACAGAUUUAGUCAAAGCACUGUUCGCUUGGACUGAAAGAAACCCUAUUGAAGCAAAGACAAGCAACGAAAGGAAAGAUGCAUCAAGGGCUUAUCAGACCCGUCAAGUAGAUCAGAAAUCUCGAGCGUGUGUAUAUUGCGACUCUAAAAAUCACAAGUCCAUUGCUUGUGACUCGGUGACCACCUGUGAAGCUCGACGAAAGAUUUUAUCGGACAAGAAACUGUGUUUUAACUGCACGGGUGGUAGUCAUAGGGCAUCUGAGUGUAGGAGUAAGCAAACCUGCCAGAACUAUAUCCGACGUCACCACACCUCAAUAUGUGAACCAGCCAAAACCAUUUUGACCGCAGCAUACCACCCCAGCGAUCACAAAGUAAUUUACCCAGUAGUUCUUGUCGAAGUCGACGGUACCAAGUGUAGGGCACUGCUUGACACUGGUUCCGGAAGCUCAUACGCAUCUGCAAAGUUAGUCGAACAGUUAAACAAGAAACCUAGUGAGUCGAAAGUUACAAGAGUUGAAAUGCUAAUGGGAUCAGCAACUCGUCGAGUGGAAAUCUUUAAUGUGAACAUUAGCAGUACUGAAGCAACUUUAACUUGGAAACUAAGCUGACUAAAGUGGAAAAACCUUGUUUGAUAGAACUUCCUAACCCUCAUUAUGACAGUCUAAUCAAGAAAUAUCCCCAUCUUGGUGGAGUGAAGAUGAUUGACGAUGACCAAAAGGAUCAACUUCCAAUACAUGUCGUGUUGGGAGCUUGUGACUAUGCCCGUAUCAAAACAAAAUGUGCCCAAAGAGUCGGUUCACCUGGAGAUCCAGUUGCAGAGAAAACAUCAUUCGGCUGGACUAUGAUGUCACCCGGAGUUGAAAGUGAUUCAAACAAGAUGUUGCUAACACAGACCUCCACUGCUGAUUAUGAAAACCUCUGUCGGUUGGAUGUGCUUGGUUUAGAAGAUCUUCCAGACAAUGACCAGGACAUUGUUUACGCAGAAUUCAAAGAGCAACUGAGACGUGACCCUGCAGGAUGGUACGAGACUGGGUUACCCUGGAAGGGUAACCAUCUUCCUUUACCAAGUAACAAGCAGGGUAGUGUUCGACGGUUAGAAUCACUAAUGCGAAAACUGAAUCGCUCUUCCAUUACCGAGAAAUAUGAUCAGAUUAUUCAAGAACAGCUUCAAGAGGACAUUCUACAGAGUGCUCCAGAAAAACCUAACGGACAUGAGUUUUAUAUCCCGCACAAACCGGUGAUUCGAGAGAACGCUGACAGCACUAAAUUAAGAAUCGUAUAUGAUGCAUCAGCCAAAGAAAGCGCAGAAGCACCAUCACUUAAUGACUGUCUCUCCCUAAUGACGUACAAUUUCCAAGAUCUAUUGUGCGACAUCAAGAGACAAUCGAAAGCGUAGAUUUACACAGCUUCGGAGAUGCAAGUGGAAAUGGAGUUGCGGCCGCAGUUUACGCAAUUGUGAAUCAACAAUCUGGAAGCAGUCAAGGUCUUGUAGCAGCGAAAUCACGUCUAGCGAAAAGAAAUACUAUCGAUGAUCUGUUGAAGAAGCACAACCUUUGGAAGGUCCUGCGAAUCGGUGCAUGGAUCAAUCGUUUCCUACUGAAUUGCAAAGCAAAACCUCGUGAUCGACAGUUCGGUCGUCUGCGCGCCAGUGAGAUAAAGAUCGUGAAGAGAUGGUGGAUUAAACGAGUGCAGAACGAAGCGAAAAAACAACCAGUAUUUGCUAAAGAAAGCCUGGAACUGAAUCUUCAAGAGAACGAUGAACAUAUCCUAGAAUGUAGAGGAAGAAUUCAGGGCGUUUAUCCUGUAUACCUACCUGACAACCAUACCUUUACCGAGAAAGUAGUUGAAGAUUCUCACUUGCAAACGCUCCACGGGGGAGUGACCUUAACCAUGACCCACGUCCGAAACAGCUACUGGAUCCCCAGAUUAAGAAGAUUGGUCAAGCGUAUUCGAAAGAGUUGCUUCGGGUGUAAGCGGGCUCAAGCGAAGGCGUAUUCUGUACCGCCCCCUGGAAUCCUACCAACAACAAGAACAGAAGGAAAAAAUGCGUUUGAAGUUAUUGGAGUGGACUUCGCGGGUCCACUUAAAUAUUGUACAGCUCGAAAGACUUUCAAGAAAUCUUAUUUGAUCUUGUACACAUGCAGCCUGACUCGUGGAAUGUAUUUGGAAUUACUACCAAGCUUAGAGACGGACGAGUUCUUGAAAAGCUUUAAAACAUUUAUUGCAAGAAGGGGACGACCAAAACUCGUGUAUUCUGAUAACGGGGGAACCUUUGUGGGAGCAGCGUCCUGGCUCAGACAAGUUAUGAAUGACGAGAAAUUGAACGGCUACUUGGCAAGGCAAGAGAUCGAAUGGCGGUUUAACCUUAGUCGCGCCCCAUGGUGGGGCGGCCAGUUCGAGCGACUGGUGGGACUGGUCAAAUCAGCUAUGUACAAAGUCAUUGGCGGUGGAAACCUAUCUUGGAAAGAACUACAAGAUGUCAUCCUAGAUGUCGAGGUAACCCUCAACAACCGGCCCCUUGAUUACGUCGAAGACGACGUUCAACAACCUACAUUAACACCCAACUCGAUGUUGUUUGGACAAUCGAAUACUAUCCCACAACUAGAGCCCCACAACAUUGAAGAUACAGAUCUAAGGAAACGAGCAAAGUAUUUGCGAAGGUGCAAGGAUGCAGUUUGGCGUCGUUGGACCAAGGAAUACCUAAGAGCACUACGUGAGAGACACAACCUAAAACACGGCACGAAGUUGGUUACACCGAAAAUUGGUGACGUUGCGAUUAUUAAGAAUGAUGAGCGGAAUCGAGGGAAAUGGCAACUUGGAGUUAUCGUGCAACUUAUCACAGGCAAAGACGGGAUUGUCAGAGGAGCGAAGUUACGAGCGGGAAAGGGUAUUCUUGAGAGAGCCGUACAGCAGUUGUAUCCAUUAGAACUUUCGUGCAAUUGUGAGAAACCAAAACCGGCAUUGAGAGCCCAAGCUCCUGAGUUUCGACCAAGACGUACUGCAGCGGCUGUAGCGAGAUUACGGAUUCAAGACGAAGCUGAAGAGGAUGAACUUGAUUGACGUUCUUAGUAACUAUUGGUGGUUUAUUCUUAUUGUUGUUGUUUGGGAAUCUCCGAUAGUUAACAUAUAUAUCUCAAUAUUUGAGUUAUAUAGGGGGAGUGUGUUGGAGAUUAACAAUAUAUAAAUAUAUAGACAGUAUUAACAGUUUAGAAGCCGGAAAUGCGGCAUGCGCCAACACUUCCGGUGAAACGAACACAUGUUGUAAAAACAUUAGUGAUGAGAGCGAGCGUGCGAAUGGAGAUUGUUAUAUAGGGCGAGAUAUUAAACUAGUAAAAAAGGAAAGAGAUUGUUAACUAAACCUGUGUUUAUAAAACUGUGAAUUGUCGUAAACACAACAGGAGGCAAAUUUACGACAGAACUGCUUCGUUGUUGAUGACUUCAGGAGCAUCGUUGAUGAAUAUAACGAACAACAUUGGACCCAGGAUACUACCUUGCGGCACUCCGGACGUAACUGGGGUCCAUUUGGAUACAGCACCGUCCACUACGACUCUCUGACGACGGUUGUUGAGGUAAUCAGCCAACCAAUUUAACAGCCUUCCUGUUACACCGUAACAUUUGAGUUUAUGAAGGAGAAUGGAGUGAUCUACGGAAUCAAAGACUUUAGCGAAGUCGAGGUACACUAUGUCUGACUGUUCGUUCUUAUCAAGUUUUUGUCCUAUAGAAUGAAGCACGGAGAGCAAUUGUGAAACGCAGGAACGAUUUUGUAGAAAACCAUGUUGAUGAGGAGUGAUGAGAUGAAAGACAUGUUCGUAAAAUUGGGAAUACACGCAACGUUCCAAAACUUUGCUGACUAUAGGAAGGAGAGAAAUGGGACGAUAGUUUUCUGCUGGUUCUUUCAGCUGCUUCUUGUGCAGUGGAGUGAUGUUCGCUGACUUCCAUUCUAAUGGAAUUUCGUUUGUUUUCCCGCGUUUUUCUCGUUUCCUAGCAUACGGGCCCCCGAUUGCGAAUAACGAAUAAGGUCUAUUAGCCAAUCAAUUUGCAUGUUAUAUCCCACUUAUAUAUAAAUGCCAAUAAUAAUGUAGAUUUUCUGAUUUACGCAUGCUUAACUCUACAGCAUCACGGUUGUACUACCAUGAAAGAGUAAGUAGAAUGCUGUACAUGAAAGUAAAUAUGUCCAACAGGGUUCUUGAUAGGUCUGACAGUGCAUGUUUUCCGUUGUUGACGUAAUACAUAUACAAUACGGUAUUCAUUUUGUGCAGAUUCCUGAAGAAGUUGCUCAACAAGCUUGUGAUGCUGAUGUCCAUGCUGCUGGACAUAGAACUCUUGUCCCUCAACUGGUAGAAGCCUUGAAGGCAAAGGACAAAAGGUCUGUCUAAAGUUCUCAUUAUGAUGACAGUACCACACUUUCAGAACUUGUGAAGCAAACCCCCUAAAAGUGCAAAAAUAUUCUGACAUCAUCCACAUAAAAAUUAGAUCUCUAUCUACAAGUCUAUACAAUCUGAGCCGACGAAAUAAGGGAACUGUUCUGUUCUUUCACAGAAAGUAAUCAACUAUCUUGUUAAAUGUUUUUCAUACUGUGUUCAUCAGAAUAAAGAUACUCAGCUAGAUUAAUGCAUGCAUGCUCCGUCCACGUAUUGGCCUUUAUGCACCACGCGGGAGAAGCGCGUGUUUUAAUACUUAAUUUCGUCAUUUCGUGGGCGCAAUAAGAUUUCAAAAUGUCUUCCUGAAAGAGCAUCACUGACGAAAAGAUACCUCUUUUCUCAAUUUACUACCAAAAUUUUUGACGUCAUAUAUUUAUUUCCUCAAACAUAUGGAUGUAUUUAAUAUCAUACAAGACAGAAUAAAACGUAAUCAGCAUUAAUGUUAACCUGUCUAACUCAUAGAUAUCUUAUAUACACUAGAUAGUGCAUCUAAUUAUUCUGCAAUUCAAAAAUUGAAGCCUUGAUAUAUUGCAGACUCAGGAUAUUCCCAUGAAAUGAGAAGACUCGUAUGUUUUCUAUUUCUUAAACAGGGAACUUAAACAUUAAGUUAAACCUAUUCCAAAUACAUUUUCAAACUAUUCAAAUGAUGAAAGUUAUUGUUGUUUUUUAAGCGUUUAUUAGCGAGUGGGAAACUCUAACAUGGUCGCCAUCUAUUCAAAUGGGGGUAACCGCUGGAAUAUUCUUGGCUUCAAUUUUACUAAAAGAGAUGCGCUAUCUAGUGUAUAUAAGAUAUCUAUGGUCUAACUGCCAAGCAUUUGUGCUAAAUGUAUAUCGAGAAAUUAGGACACCUCAUAUUUCUUUUAAAACCUGACAUUAAUUUAUUUACAGCAAUAUACUCGUGCUUUGUGGUGGAGUAAUUCCGCCGCCAGAUUAUGAUUUUCUCUUUAAGAAAGGCGUUGCUGCUGUUUUCGGGCCAGGUAUGUAAUUUUCACGUUAAUUUGAUAUUUUGAAUUAUUUUGUUCAAAAGCUGCCAACCUCGCAAGCCAGGGUUUUUAUAGCUGCAUGUGUAAAUCGAACAGUGGUUUGAGUGACACCUUUCGCCUCCAACACAGUCAACACUGCAAAUUGCAAUCACAAGCAUUCACAUGGUGUAACAGACACUACCGCUACCGUUACCAUUAACUAAUCAGAUGCAUUUAUUAUUCUACCAAAUUAACCAAUUAUUAAAUGUGUUGAGAGGUAAUGUUCGUUCAUUCGCACUUUAAAUCUGCAGGGUCUUUUCUACAAUGAUGAUAUAUACAGUACUCUCCCAAACACCACAAAGUUUCUUCCGUGUACUCCAAUGUCCCAGUAGUAGUUAUACAUUGAACCAAUUACAGUACUGUUAGUAGGUCCUGUAGGUUAUCUAUGUGUUUUUGAAUGGCUGCCGAGUUUAUUAAUAAUUUAUUUUAAUUGUGCUUUAAGGUGCAAGAAUUCCGCAUGCAGCAAUGGAAGUAUUGAGGGCGAUAUCCUCUGGUGAGCAAUGUAGACAAACAAUGGCAUAG